CCGAGCUCCGGCGAAACGUGGCCGGUUUCCGAACGGAAAAAUCGGAAAAUUCGUUGACAAAAUCGAACACCAAUUUUAAAAAUAUAAAUUAAUUAUUUUUAACUCUAUGGUUUGACGUGUGGAUUUCUUUUUUUUCUGAAUAUAUGUGAUGAGUGUACAGGGGUGUAUUAAGGGUUAUUGAAAUAGGCUGUUGGUAGAACACUGGCCAGUGAUCCAGAGAUGCGCGAGUGAAAGUGACAAGUACUAUGCGCCAGUGAUUACUUACAGUGUGCUUGAUCCAAGAUGGCGGACCCGGACGCGUUCGAUGAUGAGAAGCUGGUGGUUGGCGCUACGAACCAGCGCAACUGGCGUGGCAUCCUCAUCGCACUGCUGGUCAUCGUGGCGGUACUGGCCCUGAUAGUGACUUCCGUGGUGCUGCUGACCCCGCCUGAUGAGGGGCCCAGGGUGAAGGGCAGAAGGCUGAGGAUCCAGGACCUUCUCAGCGAGGAGUUGGUGCCGGUCCGGUGGAAUGGAACUUGGUUAUCUGGUGACGAGUACGUGUACAGAGACGCAUCAGGAGGUAUCAGCUUGAUGUUCGCCGCCAACCAGACUUCGAAGACGCUCAUGCCCAACACAACAUUCCGGGUGCUAGAGCCAGCGUCGUUCUCAGUGUCGGCGGACCGGCGAUUCCUGCUUCUGGCGCAGAACCUGAGGAAAGUCCAUCGGUACUCGUACCUCGCGCGGUACACCGUCUACGACAUACUUACUACCGAGUCAUAUCCGUUAACACCACUCCCCGAUGAGGUCGGAGGCGGCGUCAUCACCGAGGGUCCACACCUCCUCCUCGCAGCCUGGACUCCCAAGGGCCACGGGCUCAUCACCGUCAACAACUAUGAUAUAUACUACAGACCAGCCCCGAGGUCGUCUACUGGCUACCGGGUCACAGACACUGGUGUACCCGGGACUGUACACAAUGGAGUGCCUGACUGGUUAUAUGAAGAGGAGAUCCUGAAAUCGCGGACGGCCCUAUGGAUGUCGGCAGAUGGUCACAUGGUGUUGUACGCCACCUUCAAUGAUAGCCUAGUAUUGGAGCAGAAGUACCCUUGGUAUGGAGCAGCAUUGGACACUGAUGAUCCUGUCAAAACGUACCCGGAGAUCAGAAGCGUGAGGUACCCGAAGCCGGGCACUAACAACCCGACAGUGACCCUGACGGUAGCAGACAUCGCCGAUCCCAAGCACAUACGGACGAGACAUCUCACGCCGCCAAAGGUCAUCGUUGAGCUUGGUGACUACUAUUUCACAAGCGCGCAGUGGGUGUCUUUGACCGAAGUCUGCGUGGUGUGGUUGACAAGGACACAGAAUCUAUCGGUGGUAUCUGUCUGCAAGAGCCCCAUGUGGUAUUGCCAGGAAGUGUACCGGAUAUCAUCAGGCUCAGAAGGUUGGGUGGAAUCCGCGCCUGCUCCACUCUGGUCUGCCGGCGGUGGGGCGCUGGUGACCCUGGCCCCGAUAAGGGACGGGCCCGCGGGAUUAUUCAGGCAUAUCGUCAGGACGGAGCAUAACGCGCAUGGGCCAAGGGCGUUGCCGCUCACGCAUGGCAGCUUCGACGUUGUGAAGCUGCUGGCUUGGGACCAUGCGAAUCAGCAUAUAUACUACCUGGGUAUUCCUGAAGGGAGACCAGGGCAGCAGCACCUGUAUAGAAUAUCGUCGGAAGCGCAGCGCCCGGGCUCACCGCAGAAGUUGCCUUACUGCGUUACAUGCAAUUCACAGCCCUCUCCUUCAGUGAACCUGGAGUAUUAUGGGAACCUGGCGUCCUCUGGAGACAGCACGUGGGACGCGGACUGGGAUGAUCUCCCGCCAUCUGCCACCUCCUCAACUCCAACAAAGAAAAAGAAGCGAAGGCAUCCUGAAGGCAUGCCACCAAAUGCGCCGUGUCUGUACCACGAAGCCCACUUCAGCCCAUCGUCAUCCUACUUCGUGCUGGAGUGCCUUGGUCCAGGAGUACCGACUUCCAGCCUGCAUAAGAUAGCACUACCUGAGCCUCGUCUACUGGCACACUUGGAGAAUAAUACUAUUGUCAAGGAGCGGCUCUCAUCCAUAGCUUUGCCUACCCCAAGAACAUUCUCCGUGCAGCUGUCGAGCGGCCACACAGCGAGAGUCAGGCUGUUGCUGCCUCCAGGACUGAGGGAAGACGAGGUCACGAAAUAUCCUCUGGUGCUUAAAGUACAUGGAGCACCAGGCACGCAGUUGGUCACAGAGCGCUGGUCGCUCGACUGGGGGGCCUUAGCGGCUGGCGCCGGGGCUGUGCUAGCCUCGGUGGACGCGAGGGGUGCGGGGGGCAGAGGACUAGGGGCUCAUCACACUUUGCAUCGCCGCUUGGGCACUGUGGAGCUGGCAGACCAAUUGGAAGUCGCUGAGUAUCUCCGCGACUCGCUGCACUUCAUCGACGCCCGUCGCGUGGCAGUCUGGGGCCGGGCUCAUGGGGGCUUCCUAGCAGCCUUGGCUUUGGCGAGUCCGCUAAAUGUGUUCCAUUGUGGAAUCGCCCUUACGCCCAUCGUCCGAUGGCGUUACUAUGCCUCAGCUUACGCGGAGCGCUAUAUGGGCUUGCCGAAUGCGACGGGCAACUAUCGUGGGUACGCAGACGCUGACGUCACGAAGCAGGCGGCUGCUCUUCAUGACAAGAUGCUCCUGUUGGUCCACGGCACUGCUGAUGACAACGUGCAUAUACAGCAGACGAUGGCGCUGGCACGGUCAUUGGCUAACCAGGGGAGCAUGUUUAGACAGCAGAUCUACCCAGACGAGGGUCACAGUCUAGAAGGAGUCCGUCGCCACCUCUACAGAACCAUGUCAUCGUUUCUGGACGACUGCUUCCGGAAGCAGGUGCCGCCGGAGACUAAGGCGGGGCUGAGGAACGGGGGGAACCUCGACUGAGACACGUGGAGGGAUGAGGAGUUGUACUCUUGGUAAUUCGAACGAAAUAGACAAGCAAAUUAUAUCUUUGAAUCCUGUAACCGUAGUACAACCUUUUCCAUAUCCUUCCCAUGUCCACUGCCUGGACAUCAUCAUGAACUUUUGUGAUAACUAUAUUUAAUUGUUUGGAUUUCUCAAGUUUUGGUGUGCUAUGUAUAUGAGCCCUUUUAUUUUUUGUUUUUAAAGCAGUGAAAUGAUAUAGUCUUUUCUAUCCUUAGACUAGACUGAAUAUACGAUACGACCUACGUUUUAAAUCUAUAAAAUUUUACAGUAAUCUCAUAUUGACAAACAUUUACAAACUUACGAUGAUAGAAAUCAAAUAAUUUUACUUAAAUUAUAGGCCGCCUGUUUCAUUAAAUCGGUUUGGUGAAGAUAAAAAAUAUAUUGAAGUUCACAUACUGUGAAAUCAUUCAAUACUUCGAAUUGGAUGUCAAAAUAAUUGACCAAUAGAAAGAAGAUAAGCUAUGAAGGUAUUAAUCUACCUCACCAUAUCGCUUCUAUGUUGACGGCCUAUAAAAUUAUUAUUGCACAACUAAACUUUUUACUGGUAAGGCUGCUUUUCCACUAGAAAUGUGUAAUGAAAAUGAAAUAAAAAUUUAUCUGACAUAAGUGUUAGCAAAGACCAUGCAAUUAUACACUCGAUAAUUGUAAUAAACGUCAAAAUCAGUUUCUUUUUAAUAAAUUCUAUCCAUAUGUAUAUGGCAAAAAAAAACUUGAAAAUCCAUAGAGACACGAUUAUGACUUAACGCUGACAACAUCGAAACCCUGGUAAAGAAGCAGUCUUAUUGGCAUGAGAUUAAAAUCAUCAGUUCACCAAAUGUAAUAUUAGUUUCAGUUUAUUUACGUACGAUCAAAUAGUUGUAAGCGAAACGCGACAAAUUCAUCUUUUAGUGAAAAAUAAAGGAAUUGAUAGUUCUUUAGUCAAUGGUUUUUGUGAUCUUAGUAGUAAAUCAUUUUAGCGUAAUACGGCGUGUACGAUGAAAUAAAUUCUUGAGCUGUAGAGAAAAUUUUAGCUAAAAAACAGAAAUGUCAAGCCUGUUAUUUGUUUUGUCUCUCUCUUCAGGGUUUGACAUUGAAAGUACGAAACAAAAUAAAGAUAAUUAUAUCAAUGUAGGGGUAUGUGUUUAAAGUUCAGUAACUGGCAAUUGAAAAUCCAGUGCUAUUUUUUUUUUCUACAGCAAAGAACUAUUUCCUGUUCGAAAUUUGAUUUUAGAACAUUUAAUAAUAGUUUUAAAGUCUUCAAAGAUGCCUUUGAAGGUGAUGGUAAAGUGUAAUUUCUAAAUGACAAAUAAUUGUACAGUAAUCGUAUUUGAAUCUAGAUGACGUAAGCAUGCAGUUUUAAAACUUAUACCUAGUUUACAUGCCUACCAAACGUUAUGACGACUUUUUGCUUUGUUUUGAAUUGUUAAAAACAGAUGACCUCAAGUACUUAUCUUUGAUACCGACCUUUUUAAAUUAAAAUAACACAGGAACACUAGCUUUCAGUAAUGAUGUCGAUCAAUAGUAUACUAUCGACCGAUGUGAUUUAAUUCAGUAUCUGAUUUUACAGGUCUAUCGCUAGUCCGGCAUCAUUAGUGAGGCAUUAUCCUGUACAAAUGUAAUCAGUAUGCACAACAACGUGUUUUAUUCUUACAUUUUGUCGGAAGUGUCCGAUUUGUGCCUGCUUAGCAAUGGAUUUUUUUCUAUGCCCUUGACGUAUGCCUGUGAAAACAAUAUGAUUUUUAGAAAUACGACUUUUUAUGUCAGACUUUAAAUUAAAUUGUCGACGUUUGGUGUGCAUGUAAACGUAGAUUUAUGAUGCUCCGUUUGACAGAAGAUUUUCUUUGUCAUUGGUUAGCACAUGGAAUUAGUAAGUACUACGUGGAAUACCUACUAAUUCCAUAGGUUAGCAUUAUAUUCGAAUGAUCGAGAUUAGUUUCGUAAUUAAGGCCGCAUUUACACUAGUAAAUUAUAAAGUUUUUGUAACAACUUACGUGCUGUCUGUAUGAAGAAACUACGGCAGUUCACUUGGUGUUUAUUUUUAAUGUGAAUAUUUUACAUAAAUAAAAUUUGCAUAAUAAAGUUACUAGAGUAAACGCGGCCUAAGACUUGGCUAAAUAAUGACGUCACAUUGUAAUGUAGAAUAUCUAUAUGUUGUAUGCCGAAAACAUUCAUUCAUUCAUUCAACAUUAAACUUUUAAGCGCUGGUUCAGACGCAAUACUGGUAAACUUUAUCCAUAAAUAUUUAAUGCAGAAAUACGAAAAAUUAUAUACUGUUUUCGUACAGGAUUUUUUCUUACACUAGUAUCGUACGUAGGUGUACUAGAUUCAAUCAUAUUAUAUUUUUUUCAAUGGUUUUCUAAUCAUCUUGUCACUAGGGAAACAGAAAAUGCGCAUAAUAUUUUUAUUUCUAUGAUUGAAUAUGUAAUGAUUUUUUGAGUAGUUUUUGCUCUUAAUACUAAAUCUAUUUGAUAUCUACAUUACGAUACGUCAUACAUCUUGCACCGUCAAAUUUGACGUUAAUUUUAACCGGUGCGCCGCUGGUAAUUUUCGUUUUUCUGCGCACGUUAUAAUUAACGCCAAAGUUGACGAUGCAACCCACCCUAAGUAAUUAAUAAAUAAAACUCUAUUCCCCAAUACAGAUAUUGUCAAGUUAUAAAAUAUAGCGUGAAAAUCAAAAACGCUAAAACAAAAAAAAGUUUAUAACAUCUUUAUAGGUAGAAUAAAUUUUAACAACAGAUCUUAGACAAUUUUUGUAAAAUUAAAAUUUAGAAACCCUAUAUUUGGAUAGUAUAAAAGUAUCCUUGUGUCCUAAAUGAGCGGCAAAUGCGGUAAGGCAGCGAGACGCUACGUUAAACGAUUAUAAUUAUUUUUGUGACCUAUGAAACAGCCGUAAUCAAUAAAACACAGCGUCAAGUUGCAUCAUGCAGCAUUUCGCCACUCAAGUAAAAGUUUGCUCAUUCUCAUCUAACAUUUGCAUGAUUCUAGCGUCUCCAUUUAAGCAUUGAAUAGUAUUAAAAGAAUUUGUAUUAAAGACCAAUAGCGAGUUAAAAUAUUUUAUUAAAAAGUUAAGGUUUUAACCUAAUUAGAUGAAAUUUUGAACUAUGUAAGAUUUAGUGCAUUAUUUACGUCGACCGUGAAACUCUUUAGAUCAUACAUGAAUCAUACAUGUUUAAAUACUCAAUGACAUUCAAAUCCGUAAAAAUAUUUAGGCCUAUGUUCGAAACAGGGCCUCUAGAAAGAAUAGUGUGAAAUGCAAAAGCAAUCUUGCGAAUGUCAAUUAAUAAUCAAAGACGAGUGUUUUAAAACACGCAAAUUACUUUAAGUAAUAUUGUUUACAAAUUAGAAGCCCUUUUUGAAGAUUAAAAAAAAUAGUAAUCACCCCGAUUUGUAAAUAAAUGUCGUUGUUCAAAACAUGAACAACACGAUCCGACGGAAGAUUUACCAUCGCUAGAAACGAACUAUAAUUAUCAUUUUAUUUUAUUACAAAAGCUAAAGAGUUUCUUUCUCGGCGUACUUGUUUCAAAUCGUAACUUUGAAAAUAAAAUGAAAUUAAAAUAGCAAUAAAAUUAUACCUAGUUAAAAUACCUCUUAAAAUAAGCACUCUUCCAGUAUAGCACAGGUUAAUAAUAAUGCUAAAGUUUUGUAAUCUUGGAGAGAAAACCACGUUUGUAUAGGAUAUUUGUGAAGUUUUCUAAAUGACAACGGACGGUAGAUUUCUGGUUGGAUAACUUAUUCGUGUUGAAGAUAUAUAUUGUAGAUAUAUGUAUAUGAAAAUGAAGAAAAUCCCUGACUACAAAUAUAUUUUGAAAUUGUGUGAAAAGUGAAAUAUAUUGGUUAUUAACCAUAAACAAAUUGGACAACCGUGUCAUUUAGGAACAAAUAGACCGAUCAAGAAUAAUAAUUGCUGAUGUCUAUUUCCAUGAUAUAAAAACGUAUAUUGACCUAUUUUCUGUAUCUUUAACUGCCUGAAAAUAUAGUAAGAUCUAUAUAGGUAACGAGAUCGCGACGUUUCACUAAUAAUGUAAAAAAUGGGUCAAUGUUCGAUUUUUCAUCUGCUUAAGAAACAGACCUUAGUACUAAUCAUUGUAUGCGUGGAUUGUAUCAGAAUGAUACCAAUGACCUAAGUGCCAAAAGCGUCGUUAUCUUGUAAACUUUCUGUAAGUAUUAUAAGUAUGAUAGAUUCAGUGGAGUUUGUGAUCCUGCGAAAUUAAAAUGAACUCAGAUGUUUGGGUUUUACGGUUACCUAAUAUAUAAUGACGCAAUAAUCAUAGAUUUAAAAAGUCUCCGCAGGGCCCAUAUUGUGAACCGUUGGUUUAUAACACAUCGUAGGUUAGGUCGUUUUUAAUAUUCCUAAAUUUCGCUAGUCAAAUUAUACAUUAACGGUUCUUACGAUAACAACUUAGGAACCCAGUCACAUCUUGUUUUUAUGCAAGAAAACGUCGUACUUACUGGAUGUUUUUAUAUGAAAAUGAAUAUUCAAAAUAUUUAAAAAAGUUGCGGCCGAUAGUACAUUAAGUAACAACAUCAAAUAAAGACAAUAAAAGGAAAAAAAUAUAAAAAAUCUUUAACACUAAAACUCGGACAACAUGAAUACUAACAAAAAAUUUUCCAAAAUGACGCAAGAUCACAAAAUCCACUUGCAAUUAUUUUCUUCGUAGAUUUAAAUCAUCGUUCAGAAUAUAAAUAAAUUGUAAUUUUUCUUUUUUUCUAUUUUGCGCCCGUAUUGCUUCCUGUUCCUAUGCCAUAUUUAAAUAUUUCAGGUUUUCAUACUUUUGGAAAUAAAAAGCUAAAAAUAAAUGUAAAUUUCGAUACGAAAUUACUGUUGUAUCUAAAUAAACUGUAAUAUACCUAUUACUUACUUAAUGAUAAAGAUUUUUUUUAUUAUACCUACACCGCUUAUGCUUAUCUACAAAAAUUUUUAAAAUGCAUAGAAUUAAUAUAAAUAACGUAUAAUUAGAAAUAUUGUGUGGCAACCGUCGCCACGACAAACUCGCAAUACCCGCUGAGCUACAAGCGCGACAAGGCAGUGUGACAUUAUCAAACGUAUUGUGUGGCCUGUUUUGUCGCACAAAUCUUUCCUAUACGCACAGCGUCACAUUAUGUCGUAAAUUCCGCAGCGGAGCUAGGUCGCCGGGUGAAAAUAUUUCACAUAAUAAUUUGUUCGGUUUAAUCAAUCAAUACGGGGGUAAGAUUGAACGCAAAUGGAUUUCGUGUCCAAACUUGUCGUGGAAGCCGAUAGACUUGGUUGCGGCGGGAAUUAGGCUGAGAUCACAAGGAUGACUAUGUUCUCUUAUUUUUAUCCUUACAUAUUACAAAAUAAAGUCCUCUACCGUGUCUGUCUGUUCGCGAUAAACUCAAAUCACUGCUCGGAUUUUCAUGCGGUUUUCACCAAUAGAUAGUGUGAAUCCCGAGGAAGGUUUAGGUGUACCUUUAAUUUAUGUUUUUACCCGGGCGAAGCCGGAACGGGCCGCUAGUCUAUAAUAUUUGCACUUGUGAUCAUAAUUAGUUGUCUGCUGUUCGGAUUCGGUCACUUGAGGUUUGACUUUUGAAAAACAAAAAAGAAAAAAAUAGUCUAACUAAUAAAAUUAAUAGUCUAAAUUUCGUCAAAAUCCGUACAGCGAUUUUGCGAUGAAUACGUAACGGACAGAUAGACUUUCACAUACAUAAUAUUAACAUGGAAGUAUGGAUUUAACAAUAUUUUAUAUUCCCGAUUUUAACAGGGACAGUGGAUCCUAGCCCUUGUCGCGAGCAAAUAGUUAAGUAGCGCUCGGCUCACCGAAGUCGGCGGUCGCGACUGAUACCGUAAUCUCUUGUAAACUCUGUCACUGUCUUUAGUGAAUUCCUAAUGCCAGUGCGAAAUGAUAAUAAUACACAAAUCAGUAUUUAGAUUUAUCAUUAUUCAUGUGCCAUGAGCUGAAAUUUUGUAAUAAAAAUAGCGACAAAUUCAUACAAACUUUCAUCCCUCAUUAUAGUCAUUUGGGGGAUGUUUUUUGGAAAAAAGUGGCCUAUGUUUCAACGGGGUUCUUUAACUAAUGCAUACCAAAUUACAUCAAAAUUGAUCCAGCGGUUUAGCCGUGAAAGCGGAACAGACAGACAGACUUUCGCAUUUAUAACAUUAGUAUAUUGUUGAUUAAUUGGUCUGUCAGCUUCCCCCAAGUUCGGCCACAUCCACUUCGUCGCACGAUCGAGUUGAAAUAACGCACACAUGUGAUUUUUGCCUUAUCGGUGUCCGUGUUAUUGUUUUAUUUAUGCUGUAAUGUCUGCUGUUUAUUGUUAAAUCUAUAAUAAGUACUUGUUAUCAGAAAAAUAAUUAGACAGAAUCACCUGGAAACACGAUAUGUAUCCAGCGGUCGUAGCUGGCUCGCGCGAUAGAUAAGAGUCGCGGCGCUUAAACUUUUUAAAUUCACGCCAUUUCUAUCUAAUAUUCGAGCGUGUGUUUUAUCUGGGUCUCGAAAAUCGCAGAUAAAUUUAAGUCACUAACUGUCAAAAGGCGAUCAUUUCUUUCCAAAACACAGCAACAAUUUUGUAGCCAUGCUCGCACUUGAGACAAAAAAUUGCGGUCUAAGAUAAAAUGACAGGUCGAUUGCAAAAUUUAAAUUAAUUUAUAAAACCCAUGCUCGCAACAUUAGAUAGAGCGGGAAGUGCGAUAAAAUCACAGUUGUCGCGCUAGCCAUGCUCCCCGUGCUGGAUAAAGUUUAUAAAACAAUCCUGGUUGAAAUGACAAGAAAGCUAAGGCAUAAUUGGCGAGAGGUGUACGAGUGAAAAUUACAGAUGACACAGAAAAUUAUAAAUUUUGCAAUAUACAGUCACGUUCAAGAUGGCAGAUGGUGCAAUCGCUUUGUAAUUAAUUAAUAAAUGUACAACUUUAAAUAGGUUAAGCCUUAUUGUGCACCAAUAAUUUGUCUGUUGUAUAUCUACUAUAGUAAUUAAUUUUAUAAUACUUUCCUAGGGUCCAAAAAUUUUAAUUUAUUUUCAGAGCGUUUGAAUAACAAAACAUUUAUGAAAUAAAUCGCGUCUUUUUGAUUGUGACAGCUAUUUAUAUUAUUUGAGACCAGUGUGUGGCUACUUUUAUUACUUUGUCGUAUAUACUUAUUAUAUAAUAAAUCGCUUGUUGAUAGGAAGAGAUCCUAUUAGAGUAUAUUACCCUUCUUAUUGCGUAUGUACUUUUAAUACUUACGUGUUAUUUGUACAAUAAAGAUAUUACAAACAAAGAAAUAAAACAUAUGUGAAGAAAAGGGUAGAUGAAAAAUUUUUAUUUUGAUGACUAUUCGAAGGCCCCUAUUUUAUUUUAAUAGAAACACCAGUGUAAAAUAUACUGUGAUAAUGACAAUAAUUUCAAAGAUAUGACAAAGAUAACAUCACACAUUUUUGAACUUGUCCAAACGCUCCAAACUAUACUCUAACGUGACGUUACGAUUGACUAGAGUAUCUUUGUGAAAAAAGCUAUAUUUGCUUUUAACGAAGUUUGCGUCUUUUUUAUAAUUUUAUUAUUUCUUUAAAUAGACUCUCCAACCAACAAUGUUCGUAAAAUGUAUCCAGCAGCAUUGUUACAGCCUGUGAAUUAUCGCAAUGUUAUUAAAUAUAUCUAUUUUAUUUAGAGCAAUUUAACAAUGUUCGGACCUUGUCAUCUACCCUACACGCAAUACGCAAGUAUUUUGAAGAUAAUAUUCCCAACAAUGCUAUCGGCUACGAGUAGCUACAAAAAUGCUACGAUAGCAAGAUUUGCUACAUCAGUGCUACAGAAGCCUACGGAGAUGUUAAACUUUCUAUUUUAACGUUUAAAUGUUAUAUUUUGUUAUUCAAACGAGAUAUAGUUUCUUUAAAAUUACAACACAAUUUGCUAGUUCUAAAUGGUUGCCAAAUUUUUUUAAGACUAUACGGUAUCUAGACUGUUUGACGUUUAAUCUAAUCGAAGUUAUCAUUAGCUGUUGUUUAAUGCAAGGUGAUGAUUUAAAAUAGUUUUUAUAUUUUACAAAAAAUAUAAAUGCAAAUGAAACUUAAGCGUUGAUGAAUUUUACUUUAUAGAACUUAAUAUGCGCUUGGAAGAUAUUUCAAAAAUAAUCUUUAUAACACAUUUUAGUCUGUAGUCCCUUUAAAGAACUACGGGAACAAAAAGCUACUUCACAUUGUCACAUUACACAUAUUGUUAUGAUUUUAUCACCAUGACAUUUGACUACAAAGGGUCUGAAACGAGGGUAGCAGAGGGAUAGUGGCACACGGACAGACAAUAUGGAUACAAAACUAUACUUUAAAAGCCUUCAGCUUUUCAUAUGUUAUAUUUUCCCUUUAACUGAAUAUAAAAUUCGAUUUCCGUUAGCAAAACUCUUAUUCAAUCUGGAAUAAGUCGAUUUUUAUCGUUAAAUCUCCUGUAUUAGCCAUUUGGUAGUGGUCAGCUACCUAAAAAAUUGUUUUAAUAUGAAGAAAUAUGAAAAUUCCCACAGAAGCAAAACUCCGGAAUGGAGUCUUAGUACUUUUAUGUGAAAUCUUUCUGCCCAAGCGCAAACCCAUCUAUGCUUUUAAAUCGUCACCAUGCAAGUUGAUUUAAGUACGACUAAGCUCGCUGUUAUUGCUAACUAUAAAUUUUAUUUAUACUGUUAUCAAUUCACUCACUUCAUCGAGAUUGUAUUAUGAGAUCAAUAAAUAGAUUAUCAUGACCA